AUCUUAUGAAUUAAAAGCCGGAUACCGUAGUCUGAUCUUAUGUACCACCUUUGUACUAGGCCUAAUGUUGGUAAAUCGUAUCAUAGAGCGGUGGCCAGAGAGUCGCGUCGUCAACGAAAUGCUAAUUAUUCAGUAUUCUUAGAAUCAUCACUUACGUCGUCUCCGUUAUCAGCUGUGCUGCCGCAUAAUGUGCAUAAGUGCAUCUGCUUGUCGGUGACGAUGCACGGGGAAAUAAAUGGAAGAAGCUUCCUUUAUGCUUUUUAAUUGACUCCUUCAGUUCAGACCAGUAAUACUCUGAAAAGCGUCCUUAAAUACUUUCAUUUUCGCCUGCUUAAUUGUUUUAAUCAAUGUGCGCACACACCGAGCUGAUAAAUUAACAGUCUGGCUUCCGUGACCUAGCACCUCACGGACGUAACUGAAGAGGAUUGCUCCGCAAAGGCGCGCACGAUAGUGCUGCAUUCAACCUGAAAUCAAACUUGGAGACAUUUUAUGCUGAGCACGCAUGCCUUGCUCGGCCAUCUGCACUCAGGGAUCUCGUCACAACCUAUAGCACACUCGGGCAAAGCUUUCCGUUCAAGCCGGAUUAAAGCGUGUUGACGUGUAGAGUUCUACGCAUUGUGAACGGCUUCAUUCUCCUCAAACCACGAGAAAUCACGCCGAGAGUCAGAUGGUCUGAAUUCUAACUGAUGUGAUGAUAUAGGAACCCUUCUGCCUUCGCGAAACAUCCCUCCAAGUGCACCAUGGCCAUGACCACAGACAACCAGCUUGAACUACCCCGCACGUACCACCACCGACGCCAUCGCAAGACCAACCGGUACGACCCCCUCCCCGUCUGCUUGCUCCUUCUCCUUCACUUGGCCCGGGUGAUGCACGCUGCCCCAGCCAUCUCAGAGAUCCGCAUUGGGGCCAUGCUCAGCACGGAGGAAGACAUCGAGACCCUGCAGGCGGCCGUGCGUGAGGUCAACGACAACAGCCUCAUCCUACCGGGCAACUACCAGCUCAAUGUCACCUCCAUCGUUAUGACCAACAACCCUAUCGAGUCGGCCAUUCGAGUCUGUGUGAAGAUUAUCCCCAACCAGGUUUACGCAGUCAUUUCCGGACAUUCUCCGGAACUGUACAUGUCUUCAGUGUCCGUAUCGUACACGUGUGGCUUUUACGGCAUUCCUGUGAUUGGCAUAUCGGCGAGGGAGUGUAUAUUUUCAGACAAGCACAUCCACAAGUCCUACCUGCGUACCGUGCCCCCGUACUCCCAGCAGGCCAAUGUCUGGGCUGACCUGGUCGACCAUUUCGAGUGGAACAGUGUAGUGACGAUCACCAGCAGCGAUCAGGACGGACGAGCCAUCCUCAGCACCCUCCGGAAACGUCUCGAAGGAUCCGCCCGUUUCAAGAUUGAACAAUCUAUUGCGUACAAGCCACGAGCCAGCAACCUGACAGAUACCUUGCUCGAAGUGAGAAAAUGCCGAUCAAGAGUCUUAUUGCUGUAUGCGAGUGAGAAAGACGCCACCACUAUCUUCCAAGACGCGCAACGUCUGAACAUGACCGGUGCUGGCUACGCCUGGGUCGUCACCGAGCAAGGCAUCACGGGCGAGGCCUUGGCCGAGGCGCCAGAGGGUACUCUGGGCAUGUACCUGGAGCAAGGCACAGACACCAAGUCCCACAUCCAGGACGCCGUGCGGGUCAUUGCAAAGGGCAUCCACAGCUUCGUGCAGAACGAGGGUAUCAUGCCACCGCCGGCCGGCUGCCGGCUGUCGUCCGGGGAGAGCCUGUGGGCGAGCGGUCGGCUCUUCUACGGAAAUCUCGUGGAUGCCAGGGUUCUACAAGGGGCGACGGGCGCCAUCGAUUUCGACAAACACGGAGACCGCAAGUCAGCCAAGUACAAGCUAAUCAACAUCCAGAGCGGUGAGCCCGUAACCAUUGGGGCGUGGUCGUCAGAGACUCGACUCACCACCACCCAUGUUCCGAUCAUCUGGCCGGGCGGAACGCGGGAUAAACCAGAGGGAUACGAACUACAAACCCAUCUUAGGGUUGUGAUUAUGAAAGAUUCUCCUUUCGUGUACGUGGACGAACAAGACCCAGAGACCAAGAAAUGCAUGAAUGAUACCCUACCGUGCUUGGCUGCCAAGGGAGAUCGCAUGCAAUGUUGCUAUGGAUUCUGCAUCGAUCUCCUCGUGGUUCUUGCAAAGGAGCUGAACUUUACGUUCGAUCUCCAUCAAGUACACGACGGUAACUACGGCAACUUUGAACACGUUAACGGGACAGAGAGGAAGCGCUGGACUGGUAUGAUUGGUGAGCUUGUAGACGACAAGGCAGACAUGAUCAUGGCUCCCUUGACCAUCAACAAUGAGAGAGCCCGGUACAUUGACUUCUCCAAACCCUACAAGUACCAAGGCCUGACAAUCUUGGUCAAAAAGGCUGACGCAAGCACUAACCUUCUGUCCUUCAUGCGGCCAUUCCAAAUUUCCCUUUGGCUUCUGAUUGGCGUCUGCAUCCACGUCAUCGCUGUUGUCAUCUAUCUCUUGGACCGGUUCAGUCCGUUCUCACAUCCGCGCAACGGCUCAGAGACGGACGCCUUGAAUCUCUCCCAGGCUCUGUGGUUCUCCUGGUCGGUGCUCUUGAACAGUGGAGUUGGCGAAAGAACACCCAGGAGCUUUGGUGCUCGCGUACUGGGAGUGGUCUGGGCAGGUUUCGCAAUGAUCAUGGUGGCAUCCUACACGGCUAACCUGGCCGCUUACCUUGUGCUGGACAAGCCUCAUGCUCGUAUCAGUGGAAUUAAUGAUGCAAAGAUGAGGAAUCCAUCGCCAGCAUUCACCUACGCCACCGUCAGCAAGAGUUCAGUGGAGAUGUACUUCCGUCGACAGGUGGAGCUAUCCUCAAUGUAUCGCUUCAUGCAAACUUAUAAUUACAAGGAGGCUGACAAUGCAAUUGAGGACCUGAAAAGUGGCAAACUCGAUGCUUUUAUUUACGACUCUGCUAUGCUCGACUUCGAAGUGUCUCGUGACUGCGGACUGAUCACGGUGGGCGAACUCUUUGGACGAUCGGGCUUUGGCAUCGGCCUUCAAAAGGGAAGUCUGUGGACGCAGAAGAUCUCUCUGCGAAUCCUGGAACUGCACGAGAAGGGGAAGAUCGGUGAACUGGACAUCAAAUGGAUUACAUCAAAGCAGUGUGGAGUGAAAUCUGUUCAGCCAACAACAUUGGGUCUAUCUAGCAUGGGAGGAGUCUUUAUCUUGGUAGCCGGUGGUUUCCUGGUGGGCUGCAUCAUCAACCGUCUAGAGAUCCACUACAAGCGGCAUCAACAGACCAAGGAGAGGCAGAUAGAGCUGGCAAGGGUUGCUGUGAGCCAUUGGAGGAGUACCGUCAGGAGACGGCGCAAGAGGGUCAGCUCCAAGUACAUGGUGCCAGCCCCUUCUCCAGAGCCCAUGGAGAAGCGAAAUGGCGUCCAAGGGUCAUCAUCAAUUGAAAAAGAGAUGGAUGGCGCUAUCCCACUGGCUGUGAUCAACAGAAGAAGCAGGACCACACCCAUACUCCAGAUACCCAGUAACACCUGGGGUUCCUCAGCCGACUCUCACUGCUCCUCUCCAAAGAGUGUAAGCCCCAAUUAGUCAAGCGGUCAGUCUCCUUGCUCCACUCGCUUGCCUCUUGAUCAUCAAGACAAUCAAGACCAUCCAUGGAUGCGCUGUAACUGCCAAGUAAUCCUUCAUGCUACUCUCAAGUCAAGCAGUUAAUCUUUGAUGUUACCAUCAAGUGUGCAUUUGAGGUUGCUCGAGUAGCUCUUGGGGUUACUCUUAAUCAAGUGUAAAAAGUAAUCUCUGAGAUGACCCUAAAAUCUGCUGAAAAAAAAACUGAGGUAGCUCGAUAGGUUCCCACCCAUCAGCUCGAAUCAUCCUCUAUCGGCACUUGAUUUCUACAGGUUUGAUGACACUGGUGUUGUGUCCGAAAGUGUUGACCAUGGCUGGUGGAUAGUAACUGGUGCGACUAGAGAAGGCACCACCUUAUUAGUGCAUCCCUUUCUCCCCGGCUUUUCCCAUAUAUGUUGCUGUGGAUACCUGCUCACAGAAGUGGGAUAGCUUACAACCUAUGAUCAGAAAUCAAUUCCAGGUCGGCCACAAUUAAGAGUCAAAUCAUGCUCAGCUAAUUCACAGUUCCUUAGCAAAAGGUGAGAUGUCCUACUAAAUAACAGAGAUUCCAGGUUUACAUAAGGGUGUUGUUGACAUGUGACACAUCAAGUUUCAAUCCAACCUGUUCAAGUGUGCACAUCCAAUUGCCACUAAUAAAGGGGCCUUUGCAUGGUGCAGUUCCUUUGAGUAUACAUAUGCAUUCAUGAAACAGGCAUUGCACAUUAAAUUUGCUGUUGAAUGAUAAACUGUUGAAGUGUAGAAAGAAUAAGUAGACUUGGACUAUAAGCUGAAUUGAUCGAGGAAAUAGGAGUAGCAUUUAUUAGUUAGUAAGUUUUUAAAGUCUGUUUAUUUAAGAAGCAUAAGAAGCAAUAAUGGUGCAAUAGUGAGUUAGGGGAUAAGGAAUGGCCAAAGUCCUAGAAUACCCGGCCGUGGAAAGUCUCUCCAUCGAAAAAGGGCAUGGGACGAUAGGCUCAUUCCCAGUUGUAUGACCCAAAUCUCCACUGGAUUAACACCACUGAAACAGUGAAGCCAUGGGUAUAGAGUGCACUGGGGCCAGGGCACAUAAGUUGAAGCUAGCAUGGGGUUGCUGGGACUUUUUCCAAAGGGUGGGAGAAAUACUUUUUUUGCCAGGGGAAUUUUUAUUAGGAGGGGGCAUUCAUCAGCUAAGAACUGGUAAACAAUUAACUGUGGGAGGGGGUGUCAUAAAAUUUGAGGUUUUUAAAGAAAAUGGCUUAUUCUUAUCCCCUCUCUUUUUCUAAUUUCACUUUUUUCCUCUUCAAUUUUCCAUUUUUUUGGGGGGGGGGCAAUUAAGAGCCCCCCAUUUCCUCUCAGGAUGUUCAUGGAAGCUAGCGGGGAUAUUUGCUGAAUUUUCCUAUUUUACAGCAGUGUUAUGACCUUGGUGUAUGGUUGUAUCUCAUUAAUUUUAGGCAGCUGUGAGAGGUAUUUGUGUUGGUGUGAAUUUGGUUGAGACUUGAAGUUUUGUUGUUAAUUACCAGCACAUGUACUCACACAUAUGCAUAUCACGAUUCUUAAUUCACCAGUUAGUUUUGCUACUAAACAGUACGUGUAUACAUCAAACCUGACGUGGCUGCUCUGUUGAACUUCUAAAAUAAGGAACAAAGUCAGGCAUAUGAUACCCAUUGCUUUGUUGUUUGUAGGGCCAGUAACAAACUUUGAAUUCUAGACAGCUAACUGCUGAAGUAGGCAGGUAGUACUUGUUGAUUUUUGUAGGAGUAUUUCAGUGUUUUGACAACAGGGCUAUUGGGAAUCUGAAGGCUUUCCUGUGAAGAGUAUUGCAAAAAGACUAUUUUGGUACCUACAAACUAUUUAUCUGAAUAUCCAGAGAUGAGCUAAACAGGGUAUAUUUGAAGUAUAUUUCUUACGACUCUCACAUUAGGUUUUAAACAUAAAAAAUUGCUAACAUUUAUUACUAAAACAGACUUACAUUUUGACAGUGCUACCAUUUUCUUAUGAAUCAGAGUUAAAUAAUGUAACUCAUUUCUUUUUCACCCAUUUUAGCACUUUCAUGAAAUCAAAGUGUCUCACCUGAACGCAUAUGACAUCUGACAUAACAGUUAACGAUACACAUCAAUCUUUAUUCCCAGCACAUGAAUAUUCCGGGGUUCUUUAUUAGCUAAUUCCGAGUAGCUUUACUCAAUAUUACAACAAAAUUGUCAACAUGUACCAGUUCUCAUCACAACCUGAGCUAAUUUAAUGGAGGUGGCGUGCUAUGAAUAUUCAUAACAUUCUUUAUUGUAACUACAAUGGUAAAUAAAUUAGCAGUUGUACAAAAGUUAAAUGUUUGGCAAAAAGCUUCGGGUAUAUUACAAAAAUAAUGCUGGGCAACAAUGCUGAUUGAUAAAUAGAUGCAUAUUCAAUUGUCUGCAUAUAUACAAAUAAAAGAGAUGAUUUCAGGA